CGGGCAUUUUGUACACAAUGACUCAGAGGUGUUUAGAUUCUGGUUGCAUUUAGGCAUCAUGGUUGCAAUCCGGAAAAAUGUCCGUUAUGGAACCUAAAUAAGCAGAACAUAAGAAGUUUAAGAACAUCUCAUCAUGGCCAUGAUGGUAACGAAUAAACAAGGUCCAAUGGCUCGUAACAAGGUGUUUGCCAGAGUUUGUCUAGUCCUGUGUGGGAUGGUAGCUACCUAUGUCAUUCUAUCUGAAAUACAUCUAACGAGAGAAUGUCAUUAUUUCUGCACAAGUGAUGACCUUCCAGUGUGUUACCUUCGGCGAUCAGCCGUGCUCAUCUACGACCAGGACGUCGCCGCUCAUGAGAUGAGUUUUUCACAGAACACACAUCCACGCAUCAACCUAGCCGACUACGCCACGGAGGUCGCAUCGGGACGGUACUUCGACAUCAACUGCCCCGUCAACCACUAUUGGCCUCGUGUCUCCACGCUCGAUCGCCGCAACAGUUGCGCGGUCGUCGGCAACAGCGGGAUUCUCAGCGGAUCCCGGUGCGGAAGAGUCAUCGAUAAACAUGAUUUCAUAAUACGAGCUAACCUCGCUCCAAUCGAAGACUAUGCCAUCGAUGUCGGUCAGCACUCCCAUCUCACCAUCAUGAACUUCGAGACACUGUUCUACUUGCAUAAUAACCUCACACAAACGGCUCCAGACACAUUCUGGCAUCGGACUUAUGUCGAGAGAUUGAGAUAUCUGAAUGAUUCGAUCCUCUGGUACUCAAAGUCGACUUUGCAACGGAACAGUAGCUUUCAUCUAAAGGAUGUGGUUCAUGUUCUCAAGGAUUAUUACCACCUACCAAUCCAGUUAGCCUACAGCUGGAGACCAGUGUCUGUUGAAAAGUUUCAUGGUUUAAGACACUAUGCAACGACCGGCUUCAAUGCUGUCAUAAUUGCCAAGACUUUCUGCAAUCACGUAACGCUGUAUGGCUUCUAUCCAUCCAACGCGGCAGAAAAUGGUUACCACGUCAACCACCAUUACUACGAAGACGUCGAGUUCGACUACGUAGGCAGCAUCCAUAACUUCAAACAAGAGUUCACCAAGCUCAAAGAGUUUGAAGAGAAGGGGGAGAUCACCAUCGUAACCGAUCUCUGCCCCGGGGGAAGGCGAAAGAAGGUGACCGACCAUGUCAAUAUGGCGGCCAUGCUGGACACCAAGUUUGCUUUCAACUUGAACAAAGACAGACUUAAGGAAAUCUUCGAACUGUCAGAUGAUACUGAUGACCCUGACGGUGACGAGAAGGAGCGAACUGUUGCUCACAUCCCCAAGGACACUCCCCAGCAGUUUCAUGUGAAACCGGAAGUAGAUUCAGAGCAGGUUAUCAAAGACAUUCAGCAACGUUCUGAAAUAUCGAGGACUGGUGGCAAGGCUGAUAUAGGCCCAGUUAUUUCUGGAAGUGGAGUUGAUAUUUCUCGUAAAGACAAAGCUAUGUCUGCAGAUGGAGCACGUAGAUAUCAAGGGAACUAUGGAAGUAUUGUUCAGCAGGAAUGAAUUAUAUAUGAACAUAAACUUGUGACAUUGUUAAAAGCAAGUUGUGACCCCUUGAACAGUUGAACAUCAAGUCUCAUUGUGAAAUAAAAACGGUUAUGGUUGUAGGAAUAUAAUGUGGCCAUCAUGGCUUCUUCCCGAGUAUAUGGUGAUUAUUAUAACUUCUCCAUCUUUUUAUAAAAAUAAACAUCUUGACUUAUGGGGUGCUGGCAAGAAACGUCAGGUCCCCAAAUUAACUCAGCAUUCAUACAGUACGACAAUACACCACAGGUGGUACGUACUUAUAUAGGAAGAAGAAAGUCGUGCAUUUCAUUGCAAAUUUGCAAUUGAUUGAUGGUCUGCUUCUUGCAUCCACCAUCAAACCUAAGUUGAUUUUCUUUAGUUGAAAUUUACCUAUCACUUGUAAAUUUGCAUCUGAAAUUUGUGAUUGACUGUAAAUAUUUUAUUGCAACACCCCCUUAGUGUUAUUUAGCCAGCCUAUUUAUGAUUUACCAUAAAAAAUAGAAAAGUACUUUUUUUUUACUAGACACUGUUUUGGAAAUUUGAAUGGCAAUGUGUGUAUAUAGUAUCUAAAAAUGGAUGACUGUAAUAUGCAGCUGAAAUGUGUAUUUUUACGCAAAAUACUGGCCCUAGUAAGGGUUUUGUUGUUGUUGUUUUGUGUUCUUUUUUUGCAUUGAACUUAAUAGUUCAUCAUCAGGCUAGGUACCUCAGUUCCAUUUUAUUUCCGGGGCGGAUCAAGCUUUCCCUUAUAGGAGGGAGGCGGAAAUCUAUUUUAAUCCACAUUUUACCCCGAUCGGCCGCAAAAAAAUAACUGAAAAAGGCUGAAAUUGAGUACAUCUUAACUUUUUUUUUCUUACGAACAAUAAUCUCAUAAAGCAUACUACAGUCAUGACAGUAUAUGCACAAAUAAUGCGCGCGGCAAGUGCGAGCCGAAAUUUGUAAUAGGCCUAAUUGACCUGAAGGCCAGUUAGUAGCGGCUCAUUAGCAGGAAACGGUAGCUGAAACUUUUUUCAUAUUCUGACCUGAAAAAUUGUCAUUCUUCGCACUAACCAUAAUCAGGAUGGGUAUCUAACUGAACAAUUGACGUGAGCGCUAAGCGCGAGGUAAAAAUAUUGAUAUUCCGGCCUUAAAAGUGGACAUUUUGAGCACAUUUUAUAAUAAAGAACUGAAUACACGAGCACGAACUGACGGUUUUGGCGAAUUAGAACUAAAACGGGUCAUUUAGGCAGCUUCUGUAAAUUUACAGGAUAAGUAUCUGAUUCAAUAACAUACAACAUAAUUUUUUUUAUUCCGAUCUGAAAAAUUGACAGUUUAAUGACGUUUUUAGUACAGAACAAGAUAUAUAUCUAAUAAAUACUUUUUAAAGAUUAUGUUUUACUUCUUUUUUUAUUUGUAGAUUGUUUUUGGUUUUUUAUUUGGAGGGGGAGCUAUUGGCAAAAAAGGAACCCCUCCCCCGCCUGAAACAAGCUCUUUUAUUACAACUUCACCUAAUCUGACUCAAUAACAGCAUUUCAAAUUUGACAUAACUUAUGCAAUGAAUCAACUUCAUUCCUCUCCCAUCUUGCAACCGCCUCACCCCCCCCCC